GUAAUCACAACAACAACAUGUGGAAAAUAAUCAACAUCAGAACUAAUGUGCUACAAUAUCGCAAGAUUUACAUAACACAUAGCGUUAAAUAUUUUACAACAGGUAGAAUAAAUACAAAGUGCAAAAAAUGCGGUACAAUAAUCAACCCAGCAGAAGUGCUGUGCUUCUUCUGUAAAGACUGCAACUGGCCCGUGGAUUCCAAACAGCUGGAACAGCUAAAUCCGUUCCACAUUUUUAAAAUGGAACCACGUUAUAAAAUAGACAGAACACAACUUAGCCAAGAAUACAAAAGAUAUCAAUUUCUACUUCACCCAGAUAAACAUACAUCAAAAGAGACCGAUGAAUUGGCUAUUAUAAAUAAUAACUCCAGUAUAAUCAACGAAUCAUAUCGGACACUAAUUGACGACAAGGCAAGAGCUAAACUGUGCUUUUGUAUCAAAUAUGGAGAAGAGGAAUUUAAUAACGCCAUGAAAACUACAGAUCCAGCACAACUAGAACAAAUAAUGGAGAUGAAUGAACAACUAGAUGAACUACAAAACACAGAAGAAGCAAAAUUAAUGUAUAAUAAUUUUGCAAGCAUUAUACAAAAUUGUGUUAAAGCGUUAGAAAACGCAUUUGAAGAUGACGAUAAACAAGAAAUUAUAACCACAUUCAAAACACUGUCCUUCUAUAUGCAACUAAUGGGUAGAAUUAAGGAUAUGUAUAAUGUAUCCGAAUAAAAGGGAAAGUGGACA